CAAGGAGAGGCCAGUCAGACUUUAACUACACACUGAAGGACAUGGACAACAAAACCCCCGUCCUAAGAGAGGGCUUUCUGGUGAAGAGGGGUCACAUAGUUCACAACUGGAAGGCCCGCUGGUUCGUCCUGACGCCUGACAAGCUGCUGUACUACAAAUACGAAGGAGGGAAACGGGAUUCGUGUCAGAGGGGGAGAAUCCUGCUGAAGGACUGCCUCAUAACAUGCCCCUUCCUGCAGUAUGAAAACCGGCCGCUCGCCUUCAAACUCCAAACCAAGCACGGAGUGGAUCACUUUUUGGAAGCUUGCUCCAGAGAGCAGAGGGACGAGUGGGCCGCCGACAUCACCGCCGCGGCCAACAAGCUGCGGGCGACCGACGGCGGGGAGAACGACUCCGCCGAAUCCCGCUUGCAAAACGUCAGCCUGAGCAAAGUGUUGGACUCCAUGUGCGACGUCCACAGUGGGAUCAAGUUGAGCAACCACAUGGAGCAGGGAAGCACUUACAGCAACUGCUUUUCGGGUUCGGCGGUGGUGGACUGGCUGGUGUUCAUGCAGCUCAGUCUGACCCGCGGCGAGGCCGUGACCCUGGCCUCCGCUUUGCUCGAGGAGGGCUUCCUGCGGACCGUCGGCCUGAGGAGCGUGGAGGCCCUUCGCACCGCCAGCCUCAGUGAGCAGUUGAUGGACGACUCCACUGCCCUCUACAGCUUUCCUGACGGCUUCAAGAAAAGAGGCAGCGUGAAGUCGGAGAGCUCGCGGUCUGCGGUGGAGCUGAGUGGCAAAGUCGUCAAAAGAGGAUAUCUGCUGAAACAGGGGCACAGAAGGAAAAACUGGAAGGUCCGACUGUUUGUGCUGCGUUCGGAGCCCGACUUCCUCCACUAUUAUGACCCCACCAAGGAUGACAUCAGCCCUGUUGGCGGCUUCUCCCUGCGAGGGUGUUUGAUAUCCUCUCUGGAUGACAAUGGAGUUCCUUCAGGUGUGAAGGGCAACAUUCAAGGCAACUUGUUCAAAAUCAUCACAAAGUCGGACGUCCACUACUUCAUCCAGGCUCCGACUCACCAGGAGAAGAUGGACUGGAUAAAUGCGAUCAGAGAACAGGCGUAGAACCAGGAUGUUUAACGCAUCUCUUUUAUUUUUCUGUGAAUGCACUCUCACUAGAAGGCUAAUGGACACUUUGUAGGCCGUCACCAUUCUGUUCAUUUGUGUUUAACAAGUUAAAUCUUAUGUUCUUGUGUGAAUACCUUUAGUUUUUCUGAUUGACGUUUCAGAAGCCCCUUCAGUGGUAGCAAUUUUUGAUAUGUUUUGCCUAAUUGUGUUUAAGUUUAACCGUUUGUGUUACCCAUUUGUUUCUUAUGCAUUGUUUAGCAACUGGACAAGUUUGUCAAUUGCAUUUUCUGCUAUUCUAUUCUGUUGACAUUUCAAAAAUAAAGAAAUAAUGUUAUUUAUUCAA